UUAUUUAGUUGUAUGUACAUUGUGUUCUAAACAGCCGGAGCCAUUAUCAUGAAAUAGUAAUAAUGUACGUUAUAUGAGGAGCAUGUUGUUUACAUCGUCGUUGUCAGGGGUGUUGUGUUAAAUUCGUGUUGUCCUGGUGGAAUAAAUUAUUCUCGAUAAUGUUUUGUUCGUUUGUGAGAGUUGUUUGUAAGGGAAUUUUUUAACAUUGGAGAUAUGAUGGAUAGAUCGCUGUUUUAUAACACUUCGAGGACGACUAAUUCGUCAAAAACCCCGGGAAUGCAGAGGAUACGGCAGUACUUCAGCUUGGGACCUGUCGAGCCUGAGGAGGUCGUCGAUGCCGCCGAUUUUGCUGAGUCCGUUGACGUACUUCUCAAACAAACCUGGAAUAUCUGGGGCGUCUCUUCGCUGUAUGGCCUCCAACAAGACAGCCAAGUUCAUCUAAAGCUGUAUGGAAAAAAAAUGAGAGAAGAGGUUGCUGCACUUCUACCCCACGAAGACGUAACUUACGAGGCUCAAUUUUCCAUUGUUGAGGGGAUGGAUAAGAGACCUAGUGCAUCUGAUCCUAUUCCCAUUAAGAUUACUGUUCAUGCAAUUCCAAUUGAAAGAGAUGUUCAUGAUAAGACAAGAGAGCCAGAGAGAAACGAAAAAUGCAUUUAUGUUGGUAUUCUGCUGUCAUGGAGAACCUCUGUCAAUGAACUGGACUACGAGAAAUCAUUGCGAUUGCCGCUGUUAUUGUGCAGAGGGACCAAAAGUGCCAUGAAAGCAGUCCACAUAACCCUGGGAAACAUGUUCGACUGUCAUGUAGUUGCUCUGCCUGCCACUGAGGAUGAUCUCAAGUGGCUGGUGCCUGUCGUCCUCCAACCAAGUCAUAAAGACGAUCCCCCCCAAAAAGGAGAAGCCAGGCUGGAGUACAGAGUGCCUGGUUUACCAAUUACUGAUAGUAUUACUGUCAAGUUGGAAGUGGCUGAUUUGACGAAAAUGUGGAGUGUAAUUUCUAGAGAAGAUGCCAUCGAGUCGAAUGAAGAGACAAGUUUUCGUGCUCAUCAUAUCGAGAGGUUUUAUGAAGUUCUGAAUAAGCAAAUGAUACAUUCAGCUGGAAUCCAAUUAGGACUCUGCAAAUUACAUAAAAUUAGCUUACCUUCAUUUACCAUUAUGGAUAAUAAGAUGAAAGCUUCGUCAGCUCCUGUCCUGUCCAAAGUGCUAUUAUUCUUCAAUGAAAAAGCCUUGGAGAUACUCCACCAAUUGAACUUUGAUACGACAGUCUCCACCAGUGGUCUAAAUGUUUAGCACAAGGGGACUCUAAUGGACUAUUUCACUAGACCAUGAAAAGUAUAUUUAAUAUUUUAUUUUAAUGUAUAGAUUUUGUACUUUCAUCUUAGCAGAUGCUCAAUAAAAAUUUAAUUAUUUUUACAUCGUCAUACAAAUUGUACAGGGUCAGUAAUGUAAAAUAAGUCAUAAAUAAUUAACAUGUUUAACCAUCA